AUCAACCCUGCGCAGUAGCUAACAUCUGUCAUUUUACAUUCCACUCUAAUUUUUCUGACUGUCUGUGGAUUAUAUUCUACAUUUCAUUUUCAACUUUCUUUCGUGGCAUCAAUAGUUUUUAAUUUUCAUUGAGGAACAAAACAAUUGAUAAAAGCGAACAUUUGACGGAGUUGCUGAAGCGAGCAAGAAGUCACACACGGGCAGCGGAACAAAAAAAAAAUACACAAAAUAAAAUGCGAAAAACGCAUUCCUCAUUAGUGCUUUUAUUAGCCGCGGCAUUGUGCCUGUUAAUUGGGCCAACUAUUGCCAGUGAAGCAGAAUCAAAUUUCAACGACGACGACGAUGGAGUCGUUGAAGCAGUUCAGGAUGAUACACCCGCCUUAGCCACCGAUGAAAAUGGUGAAGAAUUAGUGUACGAAAGUCCUAAAUAUGAUCCUAAGCAAUUCCAUUUUGUCGAUCAUUUUGACGACAUUGAAAAAUCACAAAAGUUAUGGGUAAAAUCUCAGGCAAAAAAAGAUGAUAUCGCAGAAGAAAUCGCCAAAUAUGAUGGUGUCUGGAGUUGGGAGGCACCACAGCGCAUUGUUUGGAAAAACGACAUUGGUUUGGUAUUGAAAUCCAAAGCUAAGCAUGCAGCCAUUGCUUCCAAACUAUUGAAACCAUUCACAUUCAAGGAGGAUAAGCCUCUAGUUGUACAAUAUGAAGUUACCUUACAGGAAGGUCAAGAGUGCGGCGGUGCCUAUAUUAAAUUACUUUCAGCCAACAAAGCCACAGAUGACCUUACUAAGUUUAAUGACAAAACUCCUUACACAAUUAUGUUUGGACCUGACAAGUGUGGCAAUGACAUAAAAAUGCAUUUCAUUUUCCGUCAUGUUAAUCCUAUUAACGGUAGCAUUACUGAAAAGCAUUGCAAAAAACCAAAGGAUCGCUUGGAAGAACCUUUCAAGGACAAAUUACCUCAUUUGUACACAUUGAUCGUACGUCCCGAUAACACUUUCGAAAUCCGUGUGGACCAUAAUAUCAUUAAUGAAGGUUCUCUUUUGAGCGAAUUCACACCACCAGUUAACCCACCACGUGAAAUCGAUGAUCCUGAGGAUAAGAAGCCCGAAGAUUGGGACGAACGUGAAAAGAUUCCAGAUCCCACAGCUCAAAAACCUGAAGAUUGGGAUGAUGAUGCCCCACCACAAAUUCCCGAUCCAAGUGCUGUUAUGCCCGGUGAUUGGUUGGAAGAAGAACCAGAAAUGAUUCCAGAUCCCUCAGCUCAAAAACCUGACGAUUGGGAUGUUGAUAUGGACGGUGAAUGGGAAGCACCUUUGGUUGAUAAUCCUGUCUGCGAAAAGGUUUCUGGAUGUGGCAAAUGGAAGGCUCCAUUGAUUGCCAACAAAGAAUACAAAGGCAAGUGGCGGGCACCUAUGAUUGACAAUCCCGAUUACAGAGGCAAAUGGUCACCUCGUAAGAUUCCCAAUCCUGAUUUCUUCGAAGACCUUACACCCUUCAAAAUGACACCCAUUGGUGCUGUUGGUAUUGAAUUGUGGUCUAUGUCCAAUGAGAUUCUGUUCGAUAAUAUUAUCAUUACUGAUGAUUUGGAUGUUGCCAUUGAUUAUGCUGCCAAAACAUUUGAUUUGAAACGCAAAUACAUUGACAAAGAAUCGAAAACUUGGUGGCAUCGUUUGAUGCGCCACAUGAACUAUAAGCCCGGGUGGUGGGCCUUGUAUUUCCUUUAUUGUUCCAUACCAAUUGGUGGUUAUAUCUAUUAUUUAUAUCGCAGAGCCGUUGAAGAAGAGGAUACUACUGCUACAGACAAAAAGACAGAUGCUGUACAACCAGAUGAUAAACCAUCAGAGAAUAAAGAAGACUCAACAGAAGAAUCUAGUCCCAAAACGAAAAAGUCUGACUUAGAAGUUAAAGAAGGUGCAGAUGCCGCAGAUAAUGAAGAAGAUAGUGGUAAAGAUUCCACCGAAGAUGUUGACGGUGGAGCUUCUGAAGAAAAAGAGACUGAGGAAACGACUUCAAAUAAGCCACGCAAACGUCGUGUGCGUAAGGAUGCCUCCUAAUUGUCAUCACAUCACGCAAUAAUUUAAAUUAUUUUGAUUAGCAAUUUUCUCAUUAAUUUUAAACAUUUCUAAGAAAAUUUUUUAACAAAACUAUUCCAAAAAGAACUCAACAAUUGCAUUUGAAAUAAUGGCCAAUUGUUGUUGGUAAUUCCAAAAAAUCUGAAGAGUGAAUAUGCAAAAUGACAAGAAACAAUCAAAUUGCAAAGAUUUAGAAAGAUAAGAAGAGGAAUGCAGAUAAAAGCAAACAAAACAAUGGAUGGAAAGAUGGAGUAGUUUCCUCGAAAUAAAGCAAUUUCCUAGGCAUUUUUUUAUUUAUAGGUUUCUGCUUAAUUUAAUGAAAUUCCAAAACAAACAUGCCAACAACAGCCUUUUUAACCGAAACCAUAGAAAAGGGCUUAAUGACAACAACAGCAACAACAUACAUUAACUUAAUUACUUGGUAAAACUUGCUGGGAACUUGUACGAACUGUUAAGUAAUUUAGAGAUUGUGUGUUAAAGCUAUUUCGGGUGUUAGGUUUGUUGUAAAAUUUACUUUUUGCUUAGUGUGUGUGGUGAGUGAAAGAAGAAUUUAGUAUUAAAACUUAAAGAAUUUGUCAUUCGUUCAUUCAUUCCUUCUUCCUCCACAGCACGGCAAAAAUGUUUGAAUUUAUUUCAUUUUCUAUUUCUACUUAAAUUUUUUCUUCCAUUGUAUGUCAUGGAUAGCAAUUUAAUCUAUUAAUUUAACCUUUACUAUCAUUUAUUUUCUUUAAAAUAAGAUUUUUGUUUUCAAUUGUUAAUUUUUCCAUUGCUAUUCGUUCAAUAAUCUAAUAUGCCUCUUUCUUUUCACUUUUUGCAUACUGGGUUUAUUACAAAUGAAUUUACAUAAAUGUUACUUAUUUAUUUAAAAUAAGUGUGUGUAAAAUAAAUACAGAAUAUAAAAAACAAUACAAAAUCUCCAAUGCCUUUAAAAUUGUUUUCUUUAGUUCGCGCUGAAAGCAGAUUGAUAACGAAACGCCAAUGCAAUUCAACAUCUACAGUACACUCCUUUUGCUAAUGUAAGAUUCCAAAUGUUAUAGACUUUUUCUUUUAAUUUAGCUAUUGUUAGCAGCAAUAUAUUUAUGAAUAACUGUGCCCCUUGCCAACUUACAUCUGUCCCCACCCAAUAUUCUAUCGUAGAAACAUUUAAAUUAGUUAAAUUCCCAAAAAAUUAAUAUCGAAUUGAAAUGGAACUCUACAAUACAUACCAUGGCUGAACACGGUCAUAACAAAUAGCUUGGGUUAAACAUUUUUGUUCAUUAAAUCCCGUUGUUCUUUGUAAUGAUUUAAUCGAACGAUUUUUUUUUCAAAUCGAAAAUCGUAUUAUCCUGCUUGUUUUGUUAUAAGCGUGUUCGCCCUAAACUAUCACAUCUAUAUUUAAACGAAACAACAACAAAACAGUAAGCAAAGUUUUAUUAAAUAAACUCUGUAAUAACAUAACAACAACAAUAAUAAUAAUAAUGAAAUUUAAAUAAUUUAAUUAUUAAAAUAAAUAAUAAAUCAAUUUUAUUUAAUUUAUACAAACAAGAGAAUUAUAAUAAAAAGUAACGAAAAAAGAAAAAAACAAUAAACAAUAUACAUCUGAUUA